AUGCUAUGGAUGCUGGCCCCGGGAUGGGUUACUGCAUUCGCUCAAUCCGCUGCGGACGGCUACACGGGAUACAAGCUCGACGUGCGAGAUGAUGGUGACCCAACUGCGGUGCUGUACGAGACGGAAAACACAUCUUCGUCCAACAUCUCUGCUCUGAACCCCAUCCCGGAUGUUCUUCUCAAUGCCUCGGUGCACGUAGGCGAGAUCUUCGUCGGCGUCGACAAUCUCACCGCAAAGAUCAAUCUCGAUGCCCAAGUACUGCAGCUACUUCAAUUCAACGCAGGCGUCGACCUCUCUAUCGACAAGGUCUCGCUCCUUAUCCAAAACGUGACUGCAAAGGUCUAUCUCGAAGCCCGCCUAGGCAACCUCGUAUCAAUGGUCAGCGACGUCCUUGACAGCAUCGAUCUCAACCCCGUCAUCGCAGAGCUCGGCAACGGUCUUGGUGAAAUCAUCGGCGACGUAGGCGACGCCGUAGGCGGAAUCGCCGACGGCAUUAGCGGUGGUGGAAACAGCGGCACCAACCAGACUACCGCUCAAGCAAAAGCCAAGCGCGACCUCGACUUUCACCAGUGGGACCUCCGCAACAACAUCCUCUACUCUGUCAACAACUUCGAGGGUAACACGCACAAGCGCCGUGUUCUUGCUCAAAACGGUGACAUUGUCGAGCAGACCAUGGAUAACUCUGGUGCCAUCUCCGGUAGCACCGUCGUCGGCAACUACCUGACCAGCAUGAAGUUCAACGGCUUUAACGAGUCCGUUACCUACAAGGGCGAGGAGGUGUGGGAGGAGGAAUACGUCUACGAGCCUUUCUUGGGCUUAUUCUCUGUAUCCGGCGUGUUCAAGAGCAAGACUACGGGCGAGGUCGUCGGCACACAAUUGCUAGCUGAGGCCAGGGGAGGCGGCAGCGCGAUUAUCGGGAAUGAGAAGGCGUAG